UGCAGUGUAUGGCAGGCCUAACGGUGUUGCUGCCAAGAAAUCACUUAGUCAUGAACGCUGGGAAAUACCUGUUUUUCCGCCGAUUCUGUGUACCGUACGUGCCACUAAACAUUGCGCGCGUGAUAUGUGAGACAUAUGAUUAAUGUUGCCCUGUGCACGCAUGCGGGGGCCUGUUGCCAAACUGCGGCUUGAUAUCAUGGCAUCGCUUGUGCACUCUGAACCAAUCAAGACGUCUUAGAAUCCAACGUCACACAUCACCAUCCAUGACGUCACAUCCAUUGAUAAAAAAGACACCGUUGUGCAGUGCCGCAGUCUAGGCUCACGCGUAAACUGGGAGCUCGCAGUGAGACACCUGUGAGAAAGUCGUUAAGUCAUCUCAGAGCACUUGUCCCUGGUGGGAGUUACAUCAUUUCAAGGUGAAGAAACAGAGGCUGCUGUGUAACCCGCGUCAUCUUUGACAACCACUGGAAAAAAGCCCGUCGACAGUUAGAUACGGACGCAUCGGAGAACCAAAGAUGUCAGACUUGUCAAGUGUGUCUCUGGGUCAGUGGAAGUUGUGGGACGGGCCUCAGUAUCACCGGUUCUUUCUGGGGGUCUGUGUGUCUGUGGCGCUGACAAUGUGCGUGAGCCUUUAUUACUACUUCGUCAAAGUGGCUGAUAGGUGUACGUGCAGGACUCGUCUGGAUGGUAAAACAGUCAUCAUUACAGGUGCCAACACAGGAAUCGGGAAGGAAACAGCUAUUGACCUGGCCCAUCGCGGGGCUCGUAUUAUUCUGGCUUGCCGAUCCGAAACCAGAGGGUUAAUAGCUGAGCGGGAAAUCCGGGAGACGACGGGCAACAGCCACGUGCAUUUCAUGCGUCUGGAUCUGGCUAGCUUGGAAUCAGUGAAGGAGUUCGCCCAGGAGUUUUGCAACAGGGAGGAUAGGCUGGAUAUUCUUAUCAACAACGCGGGCGUGAUAAAUGACGGCAGCACCAAAACAGCGGAGGGAUACGAACUCAGCUUCGGUGUGAACCAUCUGGGCCACUUCCUACUCACCAACCUGCUGCUGGCCAAGCUGAAAAGUAGUUCCCCGAGCCGUGUCAUCACCGUGUCCUCCGAUGCCUACCAGCUGGGUCGCCUGGGGUUCCUGGACGGGGAGGAGCUGGGUGCGAACGAAGGGAGGGUCAAGUUGUACGCUAGGAGCAAGCUUGCCAACCUGCUGUUCACCCAUGAACUUGCCAAGACCAUGGAGGGCACUGAUGUAUCUGCUUUUGCUCUGCACCCUGGUUCCAUCGACACGGAUAUCAAGCGCAACUGGGCUUGGUGGCUGCGUGCCAUUGCGCCCAUCAUCUCUUUCCUCUUCCUGAAGACGACGGCAGAGGGCGCUCAGACUACAAUCCACUGUGCAGUCGCCCAGGACCUAGAGAAGCACUCUGGGAAAUAUUUCAAAGGGUGCCGGGUUCAGAAAGUGGCAUCAAUGGCUCGAGAUGAUAAACUCUCCAGGAAACUGUGGCGAGUCAGUUUGCACAUGACUGGGCUGACAAACACAUGAGGUCAUUCGUAGACCCAACUGGGGACUCCUGUCAUAUUUAUUUGUAUGCAGUCUGGUUAUUUAACUACUGAUUCUUAAAGAUCAUUAGUUCGUCGACACAAUUCUGUAUACAUGUAUUCAGGAAAGGAUGCAGGCGCACCUUCAUCUGAAGAGCUUUAUGUUUUAAAAAGAGCUACAAAUGCACACGUAUUUAUUUUUUGCAGUAACUUGGCGACUUAUCUUACUGUCUAUACCUAAAUCUACGUGUAAGAAGCAAGCUGUGUUUGCACGCAUUUAUCCCCUUGGGAGGGUGUAGGCCCACGCGUCCAUAUUGGAAGUAGCCAGGUAAUGGCAUUUCUGAAUCGGUUACUUAGAAAACUACGGCUUUGCUUUUGGGCCAACGACAAGCUGUUGUGAAUAUCCAUAGGCACCAGACAAAAGCACUCAUUUUGGACAAUUUCCCGCUCAGUUUAGAGUUAAGUUUGCAGCAACGAACGCGCAAGAAAUUAUGAAAACAUGUACAUGUAUUGGAAUUGGCUCGACUCUAAGACACAUAAUUGUUACUUGAGUUGUUCAGCCAAUGAAUUUUUGUACAAUUAGCUGCUCUGUUUCUAGACGCAUUAAGUAAAACAGGGUCAGCAGAAAGUGUCCAAAAACAUGGACUCUGUCGAGAAAAACAGCUUUUUUAGUACGCCUGAUGCAUGUACAUGUAUUUGCUUCUCGCGAACAAAAUGGAUGAAAAGGUUGAUGCACCGCAUCAUAGGCAGUGAGAGCAUUUGGGAUUUAAAAAGUGCUAGUAUUGUAAAUCUUUUUGACAUUCGCCAUCAUAUUAAUGUUAUGAACCAUUGUUUUCCUGAUGAUUCUGAAUCGUAAAUGAACUGAGUUGGGCAAGGCAGUGGAAAAUAAAGGAAUAAUCAUCGAAUUUCGAGA